CCCAUCUUCAUUUUUUUUAUCGUUUAUUUAUUAAUUUAAUAAAGACUGAUAUAAUAUUCUCAGAAUCUUUGUGAUUUGGUUCAUUGGUUGGUUGGUUAGUUUUGCGCUCAGGAUCCGUUAAAUAGAGUGAGGAAGGAGGAGACCCAGGUUCAGAUAGCUCUGCUUCGACUAUUGAGUAUCUGAAACCCAACCCUUUUUAGAGGGAUUGCAAUGACAACUGCUGUAGCUGCAGGAAGCAGCAAACUGCAUUUCAGAGAGACAGUGUGCAGGGGACAAAGUUGUGGCCAGGCUUCUUGGGUUUCCAGUGUAACAUUCAAAGGAUGUCCACAGAAAGGGCUUUCAGGGUCUUCUUGGCUAUCCAAAGUCCUUCAGAUCCAGCGACGUAAUUUUCCCCAAUCUUCAAUUAAUGACAAUUGGAAACCCCUAAGAGCAGUCAGUGCAUCAUACUUGAACGAUGGCUCUGUAAAGUAUUUUGAUUUUGCUGUAAUUGGCAGUGGAGUUGCUGGUCUUCGCUAUGCUCUUGAAGUUGCAAAGCAUGGUUCUGUUGCAGUGAUAACUAAAGCAGAGCCUCAUGAAAGCAACACAAACUAUGCUCAAGGUGGUGUUAGUGCUGUAUUAUGCCCUUUGGAUUCUGUGGAGAGUCAUAUGCGAGACACUAUCAUAGCAGGAGCUUAUCUAUGUGAUGAGGAGACUGUUAGAGUGGUUUGUACAGAAGGACCUGACCGAAUUAGAGAAUUGAUUGCCAUGGGUGCAUCAUUUGAUCAUGGGGAAGAUGGAAAUUUGCAUCUAGCGAGGGAGGGAGGGCAUUCUCAUCACCGAAUUGUUCAUGCCGCUGAUAUGACUGGAAGGGAGAUUGAACGGGCUCUGUUGGAGGCAGUUGUCAAUGAUCCUAACAUCUUCAUGUUUGAACAUCAUUUUGCAAUAGAUUUGCUGACUUCUCAGGAUGGUUCUGACACAGUUUGUCAUGGUGUUGACACUUUGAAUACUGAAACACAAGAGGUGGUACGAUUUAUUGCAAAAGUGAUUUUACUUGCUUCAGGUGGAGCUGGACACAUCUAUCCAACAACCACGAAUCCUCUGGUAGCCACUGGAGAUGGAAUAGCUAUGGCACAUCGUGCCCAGGCUGUAAUUUCCAACAUGGAGUUCGUGCAAUUCCAUCCAACUGCAUUAGCUGAUGAAGGUCUUCCCAUAACACCAGCCAAAACACGAGAAAAUGCAUUUCUCAUCACUGAAGCUGUCAGGGGUGAUGGAGGCAUCCUCUAUAAUUUAAGCAUGGAAAGGUUCAUGCCCUUGUAUGAUGAGAGAGCAGAGCUUGCUCCCAGGGAUGUGGUAGCAAGAAGUAUAGAUGACCAGCUCAAAAAGCGUAAUGAGAAGUAUGUGCUACUUGAUAUAAGCCACAAGUCCAAAGAGAAGAUUCUCUCCCACUUCCCUAACAUUGCUGCUGAGUGCCUCAAGUAUGGUUUAGACAUUACCCGCCAACCAAUACCAGUGGUUCCAGCUGCUCAUUACAUGUGUGGGGGGGUUCGUGCUGGACUCCAAGGGGAGACAAAUGUGAGAGGCCUGUAUGUGGCAGGUGAAGUUGCAUGCACGGGUUUGCAUGGAGCAAAUCGACUUGCAAGCAACUCACUGCUUGAGGCACUUGUUUUUGCACGAAGAGCUGUGCAGCCCUCAAUUGAUCACAUGAGUAAUUCCACUCUGGAUCUCAGUGCUUCAAAUUGGUGGGCAGAACCUGUUGUGCCAACUUCACUUGGGAGCAAUAUAAUGAACGAUGUUUUAAGUGGGACAAGAAAAGUGAGGAAAGAACUGCAAUCAAUCAUGUGGAAGUAUGUAGGAAUUGUUCGUUCAACAAGAAGGCUGAAAACUGCUGAGCAGAGGAUUGCUGAGUUGGAGGCUAAGUGGGAGCAGUACUUAUUCCAGCAGGGAUGGGAGCCAACAAUGGUGGGACUUGAAGCUUGUGAAAUGAGGAACCUCUUCUGUUGUGCAAAGCUGGUAGUAAGCAGUGCCCUUGCUAGGCACGAGAGUCGGGGACUUCACUACACCAUUGAUUUUCCUCACUUGGUGGAAAGCAAGAGGCUGCCAACAGUUAUUUUCCCAUGUUCCCCUAUGAAUGGUACUUGGAGUUCACGACAAUUGCAUAAUCAGCAUAUCCAUUAGAUGCACAGGGUCUGUAUCCACUCUUCCUGCCAAAACUUGUAUUUAUAGGAUACCAUUUACCUUUUUAUGUCUGGAAAUUCACCUUCAGCAAGAACUGAAGUGUGACUAACUGCAGUUUGGCAGCAUUUCGAGAACCUCCAUCAGAUUACUUUCUUAGUUUUU